CUGACCGAAAGGGGAGGGCACAAACGUAAAGAUAUUUAAGAUGUGUCCACUGUGGACCUUCAGUCAGAAGGCAAAGAGAAGGCCUGUGAGGAACUGAGGAGGAUUGAGGACCGAGGACUGAGGACUGGAGAUCCCUCCCACAACUUUCCAGGCUCUUGAGAACGAACAACAGGCAACCAAUUUUUGCAAGGAGCAGAUAUGACAGGACCCAUAUUUGUCGUCCGUCUGUCGGCCGCCUUUGUCUUCUUGGCGCUCGUCGAUCAGACGUGGGCUCAGAACCCCUCCAGGAAGCAAGCGAUGGCCCCCAAAUCCACGAAGACGCAGUGCUGCGAUGACGUGCGAGCCCUGAAGGUACAGGUGGCCAACCUGACCAGCCUGCUGGAGGAGCUGAGCAGAAAGCAGGAGGCAGAUCGGAUCGCCUUGGUGCGGCAAGUGCUGGAGCUGGAGAAGCAGAACCAGCAGCAGGAGGCCCGUGUGACCGAGGCCGAGAGCAAGUACUCAGAGAUCAACAACCGCAUGGAGAUCAUGCAGCUGCAGGCGGCGCAGGCUGCCCCGCAUACGACGUCAGACGCCAUCUACGACUGCGCGUCCUUAUACAACAGGAACUACCGGAUUUCCGGCGACUACAAACUACCCAAGGAUGAAUUCCUCGGAACGCCAGAGCUUGAUGUGUUCUGCGAUAUGGAAAAGAACGGCGGCGGAUGGACGGUCAUCCAGAGACGCAGGGUGGGUCUGACCAGCUUCGACCGGGACUGGAGGCAGUACAAGAACGGGUUUGGGACCAUCCGUGGAGACUUCUGGCUGGGGAACGAGCACAUCUAUCGUCUGACCCGGCAGCCCACGGUGCUCAGGAUAGAGCUGGAGGACUGGGAGGGUAAGAUCCGCUACGCCGAGUACGGCUUCUUCACCCUGAGCAACGAACUCAACAGCUACAAGAUCUUCAUCGCCAACUACACCGGGAACGCCGGGGACUCGCUGCGCUACCACAACAACACCAACUUCAGCACCAAAAACAAGGACAACGACAAGUGUGUCGAUGACUGCGCUCAGCUCCGUAAAGGUGGUUACUGGUACAACUGCUGUACUGAUUCGAACAUGAACGGCGUGUUCUAUCGCUUCGGCUCGCACACCAAGAACAGCGACGGCAUCACUUGGUACGGCUGGCACGGACCCAACUACUCCCUGAAACGGGUAGAGAUGAAGAUCCGGCCCCAGAAUUUCACCCCUUAGGGACGGACUUUGUUCAAUCCCGUUUUACGAGCACCUACGAACCUGACGCUGACCUAACGUCCACUGAUAUUUUGCUCCGUCGCCAAGGGAACAGUCGCUAGUUUUGUAUUAGAGAGGAAUUCUGGAUUGAAUGUGUGAUGAGCGAUGUAUGAUUGUAAAUUGCUGUUUUUUAUAUUUAUCUCGAAUAGUUUAUUUUCUUCGUUUCGUACCGAGAAGCUUUAGUGCGUUUCAAUCAGAUAGAAGGAUUUUUUACCUCAUAUAUACCACAUAUGAAACAAGGAUUUUUAGAUCAGAUUAAACCAUUUACACACAACCUUCAGAAAAA